AUGGCUGCCGGCGAUCUCAUCGAUUUCGAUAUAAUCGAAGGGCAAAAGGAAAACAUCCAAUCCUUGCCCGGGGGACGAUCGGCGAAGAAGCUUGUCGAAGCCUUCUCACCCUCUCCUUUACAGCCUUUACACAAACUUUCAACACCCACGCCGACAGAUACCAAAAACAUAAAUGAUUGCAUCAGAGCCGAGUACGAGGCCGAGGUUGCAAACAUUUCCGAGUCGGACGAUCCUCUCGAUGUCUUUGAUCGAUAUGUCCGUUGGACCUUCGACGCAUACCCAACAGCGCAAGCAACACCCCAGUCACAACUACAUACUCUACUAGAACGCGCCACCAAGACCUUUAUAGGAUCAGCACAAUACAAGAAUGACCCGAGAUAUCUAAAACUGUGGCUUCACUAUAUCAGAUUCUUCUCCGAUUCGCCCAGGGAGACGUUUGUCUUCCUGUCACGCCACAAUAUUGGCGAAGGACUAGCCCUGUUUUACGAAGAGUACGCCGCCUGGCUGGAGGGCGCAGGUCGCUGGACGCAAGCCGAGGAGGUAUACAAGUUGGGAAUUGAACGAGAAGCAAGACCAGUACAGAGAUUAGUUCGCAAAUUCGGCGAAUUCGAACAGAGACGAGCACAACAACCCGACGCAGGGGACGCCCCGUCAUCGCCAGCAAUACCUACAGUCCGACCUGCGCUAGUAGCCAAGAUCGACCCCUUCGCUGCUCCCGCGCGGCCAGCCGAUCCCCAAGCUCCGAGACCAAACAUGGGUGUCGGCGGGCAAUCUUCAAAACCUGCAAAGGCUAAGCUUGCAGUAUUCUCAGAUGCUGGUGCUGAGCCCAGCGCCAUGUCGACGAUGGGCGAGGGCUCCAAGGGUUGGGAUACAAUAGGAUCAUUGGCAGACCGCAAGAAAGAAAAUAUGAUAGAAGCUAAGCCUUGGGCUGGGGAAACGUUGACGACGCAGGUGAAAAAGAGUAAUGGUCCAAAGAUGGCUAUAUUCCGGGAUCCUUCUUUGUCCAGAAUAGCAGAGUCUCAUAUUGUCAUUGCUCCCUCUAAGCACCAAAUAAUCGUGAACCCUCAAAGCGGGAAAAGAGAACGUGUCUUUGUUAACCUAGACGCUAUUUAUCCAACUCCGGAGGAACCCGGCACCGAACUCUCUUUUGAAGAACUCUGGGCUGCGAAUCAAGGUUGGCUUGAUGUGUCUUGGGAGGACGACAGCUUCGCAGAGGAACAGCAAGAACCGAUCCUUGGGCAAGGCGCAGAACUAGAUAUGCUCAGUAACCAGGUUGCCGAGAAAUUGGUAGUGCACCACGAUGUAGUAGAGCUCGAUGAAAAUGGCGCCAUCAAGGAAAGCUCACGCCCUGCAAAAAGCAAAAAGAAGAAAGUUAUGGAGUAUAAUGAGACCCAAAUCAUCAAAGCAAAACUGGACUCGCCUUCAGGUCCAAAAAUCAAGAAAAAGAAAUUGGGUGCAAAUUCGGAACCAACUAUGACGAUGCACACAAAGGCUGCAACUGACGAUAUUUAUGACAUCUUUAAUGCUCCCCUCAAGCCUGCUCAACAGGAAGAAGGUGAAGAGAGCGAAGAAGAAGAGUACACGACGGACGACGAUUAUACCAGUGGCGGAGAGAGCGUUAACACUACGAGACGAAUUUCCACUAGUGAAGUUGGUGACGACGACGACGAAAUAUCUGAUGAUAAGAGCGUGGCAAGCGAAUGGUCUGAAUUCACGGUGCAAAAGCACGUCCCAAAAUUAGACGGCAGGAGCGAUAACGAAGACGAGGAGGGAGAGGAAGACGAAGGAGAGCAAAGUGAUCCAGAGGUGUCAGACCUUAUCGACACUAAUGACCACCAAGAGGACGAUAAUAUCACACCAGAAGACUCUCCCCCAAGGACUAGAUUUAUUCCAAUACCACCUGAAGAUUACGAGGCACCUACACGGCCGUAUAGGGACCCGGCCGAGAUGGCUAACAACCGCCUCCCGUUUAUGACACCCAUCACAGAACGCACCGAAUCUUCCCUUGGUCUAAUCACAGGUGCAAAGCCGCGUUAUACUGGUACAAAGACUCCUAGUGGUCAUAUAGACCCGGCUGAGGAGGAUGAGGAUGGAGAUGGAGAUGAUGAAGACUUCGAGCCGCCGAGUAGUCCUCUGCAGGAAGUCCUUAGUGGGCAUCGAUCUCCACCUAAGUUCGCACAGCCUCUCCUGAAGAAGCUCAAGACAACAGCGACUUCAACUCCCCCUAGCUUCGGGAAGCCAAAGGAGGUGCAGAAGGGGCCUAUUAUUAAGGAAGCUAUGUGCAAUCCGAUCGAUACAGCUAUUCGAGAGGAGAUUCUUGCACGUAUGCGCCCAUCGCUAAGCUCGUAUUCCGGAUUUUAUGAUCACCGGACCGAGCGAUGCGAUCUCGGGGCCGAGAUCCGCAAGUUCGUCAAAGCCAUAGCAAAGUCGGGAGGCAAGAAGGACAGCGAGAAAACUAAUACCGUUCACGCACCCGUUGUCCUCGAGUUCCCCGAGAUCAUGACCGAGUACACCAUAAAGCGGGAGUUGGGCGCGGGUGCUUACGCACCUGUCUACCUCGUCGAGAACUCGUCACCAGAGUCGGAUGAAAAUGACGAAAACGCUCCCGUCGCCAUGGGUAAAGGCGCCUUUGCGACAGCGCGCCGCGCUCCUCUGGAGGCGCUGAAGAUGGAGCACCCGCCUACCGCGUGGGAGUUCCACAUGAUGCGGCUCGCGGCCGCGCGCCUGGGCCCGCACCACCGCGCGACGGCGUCCAUCUUGGCCGCGCACGAGAUGCACCUGUACCAGGACGAGGGGUUCCUGUUCCUGCCGUUCCACCAGUACGGCACGCUCCUCGACGUGGUCAACUUCUUCAGCGAGACGACCAAGGCGCCCAUGGACGAGGUCCUCUCCAUGUUCUUCAGCAUCGAGCUGCUCCGCACCGUCGAGGCCCUGCACUCCAAGCAGAUCAUGCACGGGGACCUCAAGCCGGAUAAUUGCUUGCUGCGGCUCGACGCGGCGGCGGCGGCGCCCCCAUCGGGUCCCUGGCGCCCGGACGGGUCGGCCGGUUGGGACGCCCGCGGCGUCGUGCUGAUCGACUUUGGGCGCGGCAUCGACAUGCGCGCGUUCGACCCCGACGUGAAGUUUGUGGCGGACUGGCGCGCGGACCAGCACGACUGCGUCGAGGUGCGCGAGGGCCGGCCCUGGACGUGGCAGCUGGACUACCACGGGCUCGCGGGGACGAUCCACACGCUGCUCUUCGGGAAGUACAUCGAGACGACGACGACGACCUCCACCACUACCACCACCACGGGGCUACGUGGGGGGGAGUUGGCGUUCCCGGGCGAGCGCAGCCUAGGCACGGCCAGCGCGCGACGGUACAAGGUCCGCGAGCCGCUCAAGCGCUACUGGCAGACGGACAUCUGGCAGGACUGCUUCGACCUGCUGCUCAACCCGGCGGCGCACGUCGCGGCCGAGGACGGGUGCCGGAUGCCGGUGACGCGGGGCCUGCGGCGGGUGCGCGAGCGCAUGGAGAGGUGGCUCGAGGCCAACUGCGAGAAGGGCGUCGGGCUGAGGGGGUUGAUGGCUAGGGUGGAGGCUAUGGCGAGGGCGAGGAGACAUUGA